CUGGAACUCUAGCUGGCGCUGCUUACGGAUUUGAUUGUGCAGUGUUUCUGGUCUUGAUUACAGACCGCUUCUUUUAGCAUUUGAAUACAGCAUACCCCUCCGCACCCUCAACAUGGCUUCCAUGGUAGAACUACCUGGAGAGUCGAAUCCCUUGACAGUGCAAAAUGUUCUCAGUGCAUUGGUACAGGCUGCAAGCUCGACACAACAACAGGUGCAGACGGGCGGCCAGCAGCUCCAAAAUUGGGAGAAGCAGGAAAAAUACUACACCUAUCUUCAGGAUGUUUUCUUAGAUCACUCCGUACCAGUCGAGGUCCGAUACCUUUCCAUUAUCCAGCUGAAGAACGGGAUCGACAAGUACUGGCGAAAGACGGCGACAAAUGCAAUCAAGAAGGAUGAAAAGGAACAGAUCAAGACGCGGGCUCUCCAAGCAGGCAUUGUCGAACCGGCACCGCUCCUCGCCCUUCAUAAUGCGUUGAUGAUUGCAAAGAUUAUGCGCCAGGAAUUUCCUCAUGACUGGGCCGACGGUAUCUCUUCCCUUAUCGCCUUCCUUCGUGCAUCCACCGAGCCCGGUGCGAACCCGCUGCAGCUGUCUCGGACCCUCGUCAUCAUCCUCCAAAUAAUCAAAGAACUGUCCACCGCGCGAUUGCAGCGAACGCGUGUGCACCUUCAAUCGGUUUCGCCCGAGAUCUUCCAUAUUUUGGGGAGUAUAUACGUCGAUAAAGUGAACAACUGGGUCUCCAUGCUGGAACAGGGAAAUGCAGAUGAGGGUACCGUGCUGCAGUUGCUGGAACAAAGCCUCGUGUCGCUGAAAGUGGUCCGACGUCUCAUUAUUUCCGGCUUCGAGCAUCCCAACCGCGACUCGGAGGUCCGAAACUUCUGGCUGCUGACACACAACCAUUUCAGCCGGUUUCUCAGUUUCAUCAAUGGCUCUGUUCCCAUGUCUGAGCAAACCCACCGAGCUGUCGAGAAGCAUCUGUUGCAGCUGUCCAAGCUCCACGUCGAUAUGGCUAAGGACCGUGCGGCGUCUUUUGCGCUGCUUCCGGAAAGCAUUACCCUCGUCCAGUCAUAUUGGACGCUCGUGGUACAGCUGGCAGAGAACUACAGCCAGCUGGGCGAAAGUGAGUCCGAAGGGAAGUCCCUGAUGGAGAAGACUGGCCUCAGGGCGCUUCUCCUCAUCCGAGCCUGCUCGAAGAUGGCUUUCAACCCCGCGCAGACGUUCAAAUACCAGACCCCGGAAGACAAGGAAGAGAAAAGACAGUCUAUUGAACUGAUCAAGGGGCAAUUGUUCACCCAUGACUUUGUUGUCAACGUCAUGGAGCUGCUGGUCACGCAGUUCUUCCGGUUCAGGAAGAGCGACUUCCAGGAGUGGGAAGAGGAUCCGGAAGAAUGGGAGCGCAGGGAAGAGGAUAUUGCCGAGGCGUGGGAAUUCUCUAUCCGAUCGUGCUCUGAAAAGCUCUUCUUGGAUCUGGUCAUCCACUUUAAGGACCUGCUUAUUCCGCGCCUCCUGAACGUUUUCUAUUCUUUUGCCAGCCCUGAAAGUCGCGACGUGCUGUUGAAGGAUUCCUUGUACUCGGCCAUCGGACUGGCCGCGGCCAGUCUGGAGCAGCACUUGGACUUCAACAGCUUCCUGGAGAACACGCUUGUCCCCGAAGUACAGAUCCAAGAAGAAGGAUACAACCUGCUUCGGAGGAGAAUCGCCAUUCUUCUCGGACAGUGGGUCCCCGUCAAGUUCGACCAGUUGAACCGAGACGCCAUCUAUCAGAUCUUCCAGCAUCUCCUCGGCCAACAGGACCCAUUGAAUGAUCUGGUGGUUCGCAUCACCGCGGGCCGACAGUUGAAAUAUGUGAUGGAGCCUUUUGAGUUCACGCCUGCUGGGUUCCUGCCAUAUGCCCCUGCCAUUCUCCGGGAUCUGAUGUCGCUUGUCCAGGAGGUGGACCUGUCUGAGACCAAGAUGGGACUGUUGGACACGGUGCGCACUGCCGUGAUCAAGAUGGAGGAUCAUAUCAACCCCUUCUCCGACCAAAUCCUGUCGCUGCUGCCUCCACUAUGGGAGAGCUCGGGCGAGGAGCACCUGAUGAAACAGGCGAUCCUGACGCUCCUGUCGUCACUGAUCAACUCCCUCAAGCAGGACUCGAUCCGAUACCACUCGCUCAUCCUGCCGCUGAUCAAGAACUCAGUGGAGCCUGGCUCCGAAACAAUCAUCUACCUUCUCGAUGAAGCCCUCGACCUCUGGGGCGCAAUCCUGACACAAACCCCCGCGCCCGCCUCCCCCGAAAUCCUCUCCCUCCUCCCAGCCCUCUACCCCAUCUUCGAAGCCGCCACCGACAGCGUCCCGCAAGCCCUCCAAAUCGCCGAAUCCUACAUCUACCUCGCCCCGCAAGAAGUUCUCAGCGACGGCGUCCGCUUCCACCUCCUCGCCUCCUUCGAAGCCCUCCUCAAAUCAACCACCCGCCAACGCCUCGGCAUCGUCCCCCGCCUCGUCGAGCUCAUGCUCCGCGGCGCAGACAUCUCCACCCCCCCACCCAACAAAGAAGCAACCUACAACACCAUCGCCCGCUCCCUCAUCGACUCCUCCUUCCUCGCCUCCCUCCUAGACGGCCUCCACGCCGCCCACGAAGCAAGCCAAUCCACCGGCCCCAACCGCAAACAGACCUCCGUCUACGGCGUCGUCGAAACAGACUACUUCUCCGUCCUCGCCCGGCUGGCCCUCGCAUCCCCGCCCAUCCUCGUCUCCGCCCUCUCCGCCACAACCGACCCCUCCUCCCCCGCCCUCCCCUGGCUGCUCAGCGAAUGGUUCCUCCACUACGACAACAUCGGCAGCGUCACGCAAAAGAAACUCCACGCCCUCGCCCUCACAAACCUCCUCGCCCUCCUCCCAGACCCCUACUACUCCCCGCUCCUCCUCUCCCACCUCCAAUCCUACCUCUCAACCUGGACAAACAUCAUCACCGAGCUCGCAGACGACACCUCCGACCCCAACGCCAAACAAGACUACCUCGUCAACUGGUCCACCCCCGAACACCAGUCCCCAGAGAAUGACCCGCCCGAGACCAUCCGCCGCCGCGAUUGGGAUAACGCCGACCCGCUGCACAGUAUCGAUAUGCAGGCUUUUGUGCGCGAGCGUCUGCACGCUCUCGUUGCUUCUUGCGGCGGCGAGAGCAGGUUCCAGGAGGAGUGGCUCGUUAAUGUUGAUGGGGAUGUUGUGGGCGGGUUCGUGGGGUUGGGGUUGUUCUAG